AUGCAGCCUAUUCUCCCCCAAUCUGGCCCUGAAGGAGCUUAUAUCAGCUUUGCAAUCAAUAAUGCCCCUCCAGCAGCCGCAGAUGCAUCUGAUACCUCGUCAAGCAGGGCUAUGUGGCCAGACAAGGACCAGGCCCUGCCCAUAGAUUAUAUUAUAAAGAACUGGAAAGAAGUAUGCCCAGGCCAAACUUUCCAGAAAGACUUUUGGAACAAGGUAGUAGCAUAUUUAGCGCCGCACCACACAGUAGGUGCACCCAAAACAAGGAAGCAUUGUAGUGAAAAAUGGGGAAGGAUCAAAACUACGUACAAAAGCCUUGAAGGACUGAUCAACCACGGAUCUGGUAUGCAUUAUGACUCGUCAACGGGUCUCACAAUCACAGCGGAAAGCGAGACCCAGUGGAAUGAUUCCGUUAAGCAAUAUCCACUGGUAGCACCCUUUAAGACGAAGGGGUGGGCACUGUUUGACAGGCUCACACCAUUACUGGCCGGUGCUGGCGCACAAGGUGCCCAUGCUUUCCGUACACCUCAGGUAAUAACAACGGGAGCAGCCAUUUCUGUCACCUCGGCUCCUGCUUCAACCACCAUCAUUGCACAUCUGUCAGGCAAAUCUGCUGAUUCAAAUAUUACUGCACAUGUAGCACCCGGAACACCAUUGAGUACUCCAUCUGGUAGCACUGCGGGGCCUGCUAUACUGUCCAAUACACCUAAUGUUGUCGGAGGCUGGCUUGGUGACCUCCCUUCACCCUCCUCCAUUCUACCCCCUUCCUCCUCAUCUGUACGGUCGGGCAUGUCAGUUUCUUCGAAGGGGAGCAAGGGAAAGCGUAAAGACCGUCAGCCAGACACCGUUUUGGCACUGGCCUGGACACCUCUAGCGCCAUGUCCAUCUCAAGCCAGGCAUCCACAAAUCCUCGCAUCCUCGCCAUAA